GUUUAAGUACGGCUAAGACGGUGUAAUUCGGUUUAGUGUAGGAUUAGAUUCGCGACUUGCGAUGUCGUCGUAUUAGAAAAUUGCCGUAGUCGCGCGUUUUAAAUCAAAGUUGGUGACUUAAGUGCAAUUUUUUUUAAAACCAGUGCGUCAGUUUUUUGCAGAAAAAUAUGUGGUACAAAUUAGAUUUCCACUAAAUACUAAUUUCUCAUCUCAGCUAAACCGAAACUAAUAAAUUAUUAAUUAACCACCGAGACAUGAAACGAAAGUGCUAACUUUUUUAACCAACUUACUGUAUUAGAGGUGUGCUUGGAUGAAAACUCAUCAACCUCAACAUGAUUAUGCAACAGGUGUGUCAAAUUAAGGUAAUUAAUACCGCGCUCUGUGCGCAAUGAUUGUUAAUGGUGGACAGUGACAUCUAGGCGUACGAGUGGAAGUUGUCAAAAUGAUGGCUCCGAGGAAUUCGACCCCUAUCAUAGAGAGGGAGGUGGUAUCGAUCUACCAGGUUAAGUUGGAAAGAGUGCUCGGCGUUACGGUCUCGAACAAUGCAGCCUUAGAUUCGGAUACAAACUCGGAAACUGUGGCGUAUCCUGCUGGAUGUACUGUCGUGCUCUUUAAUUCAGAAACUGGAGAUCAAAGUCACAUAAUUAACACUAGCCGAAAAACAAUCACUUCGUUAGCAUUUUCAUCAUGCGGCAGAUACCUUGUAACUGGAGAGUGUGGCCAUCAACCCGCCGUACGCGUGUGGGAUUUGCAGGCGGAUCCCCAGCCCGGUGCUCCGGGUAUCGCCCCCCAAGUGCAACAAGUCGCCGAAUUUUUUUCACACAAGUACGGGAUCAGCUGUGUUGCAUUUUCACCGAGCGGUAAAUACGUCGUAAGUAUCGGAACUCAGCAUGACAUGAUUGUCAACGUUUGGGAUUGGAAAAACAACAUCAAAGUAGCGAGCAACAAAGUCAGCACGAAAGUAAAGGCGCUCGCAUUCGCCGAGAACGGUAGUUACUUCGUGACCGUCGGUAACAGACACGUAAAGUUUUGGUUCCUUGAAUACGGUAAAGCUAAGUACAAAGAAGCGGUUCCUUUAAUGGGUAGAUCGGCGAUUUUAGGGGAACAGCGUAACAAUUAUUUUUGUGAUGUAGCUUGUGGAAAAGCCCAAUGCGGUGAUAGCACGUAUGCGAUCACCCGUUCGGGGUUGCUUUGCGAGUUUAAUAAUAGAAGACUGCUUGAUAAGUGGGUUGAGCUUAGAACUUCAAGUGCCAAUUGUAUAACUGUAGGUAAAACAUACAUAUUUGUCGGCUGUGCUGAGGGAAUUGUACGGUGUUUUGAUCCUACCACCCUUAGGUUUGUUACAACUCUUCCAAGAACACACUAUUUAGGGGUAGAUGUUAGUCAAGGUUUAAACAUUACGCACAUGUCGUCCCCUCCUCCUGAUGCCAAAUACCCCGACGCCAUCGCAAUCACCUAUGAUGAAACUAAUAAAAAAUUAACGUGUGUCUAUAAUGACCACUCUAUUUACGUUUGGGAUAUACACAACAUUAGGAGGGUAGGAAAGUCUCAUUCGUUUCUUUACCAUUCCGCCUGUAUAUGGGGAGUGGAAAUGUCACCUUCGCACUGUCCUCUGCCACCCGGUAGUUUUUUAACUUGCAGUUCCGACGAUACGAUACGCGUGUGGACUUUAGAUAAAUUAAACGACAAAAAUGCGCGCGGAGUGUAUCAACGAAAUAUUUACAGCAAUGAGUUGCUGAAAGUCGUGUACAUCGAUUCGGAUAUGACUUACUUGAAAGAUUUGGACAUUUCCACGAGUAAUGCCGGAAAUGAUAAGCAAGAUAGCUCGUACGACGGACGUAACGGCGUCAGAGCAAUUCGGUUGAGUCCCGAUGGUAAACAGCUGGCGUCGGGAGAUCGAGCAGGCAACAUAAGGAUUCUCGAAACUAAAGGUAUGACGGAAGAUUUUAAGAUUGAGGCUCACGAUGCGGAAGUGUUGUGCUUGGAGUACUCCCAAAUAGACUUCGAUAAGAAACUAUUAGCAAGUGCUAGUCGAGAUAGAUUAAUACACGUAUUCGACGUGAAUAAGGUAAAUACAUUUCGUCUGUUAAAUAUUUGGCGCCCAACAUGGGGCCUACAAGUUAAUUAUUUGGCGCCCUACGUGGGGCGGGUUUCAUGGGUGUUUAAGGGUGGGAAAAAAGGACGUUUAAAAAAAUCGACAUCUGGCAGAUGUAAAUAUCUGUUACCAAAAGCUCUUUUAUUCUUUUAUUUCCCCUUCAACCUCCCACGGAUAUUAACAUUGUAACUUCUAGAAUUCUUU